AUGUUAUCAUCGUCUUUUCAAUAGACGCUAACGUUAACUGCUCUGUCUCAUUCAUCAUUCAUUUUAUUGCUUGAUUAGCGCAAUUUUCUCGAGCAAAUAUUUACGAAUUAUCAUUAUGAAUGUCGCGACAAAUUGUUUAGACAAUGCACUUGUUGGUUUUGUCAUUGUUGUGAAGCAAACUUAGAUGCAGUGAUCCAAACGAAAGAAUAAGGUGUAAUGUGAAUUUGUUUACAUUUGCUUUGUGUGCAACAGGUGAACUUUUGAGGUUAGGUGCUUACAUGUAUGGAUACAUGUAGCUGAUACGAUUUAGCGGGACUCUUACCAUCAGUAUGGAACCAUGUUGAUUUGUUGGUUUUCUCUGCUUUCUGAUGGAUAAUUGAUCAAGCUGAAGAAAAAAUACGAACUACCCACCCUCGCGGGUGAGAUGGACAUGGAGGUGGCCGAUGUGGUACAGAACCUACCUCCGAUUUCCACCAAUCACAAGCCGAGUAAAAAAGAGGCCAAAUUAAUGCAACAACGCUUGGACAAGUUAGCUAGAGUUACCAAUCAUUUACCUGCUUUAUUUGAUGCCGUCCAACAUGGAUAUUUGGAAAAAGCCAGAACGAUAUUGGAAUCUACUGAUGUAGACGUCAACAGUUUGAACACAGAUGGAUUAUCGCCUUUGGAUAUUGCAGUUUUGAGCAACAACCGCCCAUUGGUGAAAAUGUUGGUGAGCUUCGGCGCGAAGGAAGGAUGUCAAUUUAAUUCUACGGAUAAAUUUGGCCUACACCUGAAGCAGUUACUAGGAGAAGCCGAAAUGCGUCUCCAGGAGCUUGGUGGCUACCUCGAUGAACCUUGUGGUGCACUCCCAAACAACAGAGCUUCUUUCUCUAGCAUUAUCGGCAAUGCCUAUCCAACUACUUCUGUAACAGGUUGUGCUGGUGGAGAUAACGAAAAACAAGCGCUAGUUUGGGAAAGGAGAGCGAAAGCCCUGAGGAGACUGGUGCUAGGAUUCGCUCAAGCUAGACCGCCUGAUCCUCCAUCUCUGGUCGCCUUGGAUUUGACUUCUUCCUCCACGGUAGCAGUACGCUUGCAAGAAGCUACUUCCAUCGAUUCGUCGAUCACCACCAAAUUCAGAGUGCAAUGGUCUACUAGAGCUGACUUCUCUGUAAUAACAGGAGAAAAAGACGUGAUAGAAAUAACGAAUCCCUAUUGCCGAAUAGAGCUGACACAGGGAAGGAGGUAUUUCUUUCGAGCUGCCUGCGGUAAUUUGAAAGGAUACGGCCUUUUCGUCACCUCUACUCCAACUUCAGUCGUUCCCUCUACCUGGAGAGAAGUCCAACAGAAAGAGCAAAGGUUUCAUGGUAAACUCAAGAAAUUAGAUCAGCUGAUGGGAGAGGUGCGACAAUUCAGACCUGGUAGUGAAAUUUUGGAAAUGCAGGGUCCUCAAAGACGAGCUCAACGAAAAAAGACAACAAUCAAACAGUUAUUCACAGCUGCUAGCAAGUUCCAGAAGAACCUGAGAAGAGGCAUCCACUUGGCGUGCGUCCUCUACCACGAAGACAAAGUCCUAGUGACCAACGAAGACUUCCUGCCCGUGAUAGAAAUAGACGAGGCUUUUCCCAGCUCCCUCUACCCGGACCUCUACUGGUUCAUGAAGGUCGCCUGCUCCUGGGACGACACCAAGACCUUGCGGAGCGACAUGGAGAAGAACACCUCUUCGGGCAUCCACUUCCGCUCCAAGCUGCUGUCCGCCGUGCUGCAGAUGCAGUCGUCGCUGUGUCUGCAGGACCUCGGCCAGGUUUACUACAAGCCGUUGAAGGACGCCCAUGGGACGGUGGUGAUCAGCACCAUUAACUACGUCAAGGCGCCCAAGAGCGUGUCGGUUUUGAAUUCCAGGUGGCUGCCGAUGAACAAGGUGUUCAAGAAACUGGUGCUGAGCGAUGAUCACAACAUCUCGGAAAUCCUAAUGGCCAGCAUCCAGGAGCAGAUCAACUACCACCAGGUGUCCAGCUUGAGGCUGGGCAGAGGCCUGUAUCUGGCCUAUCUGAAGAUGCAGAGCUCCAUGGACCUGAUACAGGUGGUGGUGUCUGCCAAAUCGCCGAAUAUGCUGCCGCAUUGCAAGAUCAGGGAUAAUCCGCAUGUGUCUGCGGAAGAGUGGGAAUACCUGAGACAGCAACACCUACCGGACAUCCUGGACAACGCCACCGAGCUGCAACGGACGUUCCUGGAACUAGUCACCAGUGCCGCCAAACGGCUGUUCAACUACAUGGACAUUGGCAACGAGGACGCGGGCAAUCACCGAUUGUACGAGACGGAAGUCGUCGAUCUCACUGAUGACGUCAGCUUCAUCGUCAUCUGCCCGCCUGCGGAAUUCUCCUGCUCGGUGCCAGGACAGAGGGAGAUGCUUCUGCAGCGCAUCGACUUACUCAGUUUACCCCUGCAGGUCUUCGAAAUGAUCCACCUGAGUACCUAUCAGAACAACAUAGUGAGAAAAUACGCGAAGCUGAGCUGCUUGCUGGAGCUAGACGCAGCCACAGCCAGCCACUUGCACAGAGAGGCGUUCUCCAACAGCGAGGUGGCCAUUGCCAAAGAAAGACUGACGAAGCUCCAAGAACUCCAAUCCAAGCUGAACAACAUCUGGAAGAGCAUCAGAUGGCUGAUGGACGUCAUCACCUUCGCUAGAGAUCGCGUUAUCUGUGGCGUGAGUAUGAGGUAUAUCCUAGAGAAGGAGAUAGGCAUGUGCUGUAGCCCCAAAAGGAGCCUACUGCAGCUGCCCCCGCGUGACCCCAAACUAGCCAAAAGCACCCCUGGCAGAGGCUCGUGGCCCGGUCCUGGUGGCACCAACUCCACCAACCUCAUCAGCGAGUUCAGCAAGAGCGAGCAACACCUCAGCACCAACGACACCACCCAAUACCUCAGCGCUUGCAGCGACCUCGAGUCCCGCAAAAACAGCGACAGCUUCAACAGCGACUACGUCUGCCAAGACUUAGCACCCUCGAGAAGCGAAGACAUGCUCUUCAAUUUGCCCAUAGGGGCUGGUCAGCAUCAGAGCUCGAGGAGCAACAACAGCAUCUCAGCUGGUACUAGUCCCUUGCUUGGUACCAGACCCCUGCAUUCCGGCAGCAUGGUGAGCGUUACCACCUUGAAUACCACCAAUACCUCGGACAGCAUGCACAGCUUGAGCUCAGACGGAGACUGCGUUCUACAACCUGUGGACACCUCCACUCCCAACAAGAGCGGGAAACCUAGGAUGGCUCCUUCCAAAAGCAUGACGAACGUCAAGGAAAACAUCCCAGUGAAGGUAAAAUCUAAGUAUCUGAACGUCGGCUACCCCAUGGGACAUUCCAAGCUAGAACCCUCGCUGUCCAAGAGCCUGACCAACAUCAGGUCAAUGAUCGAAGUGGAGCCAGCUCCAAAGCCCCAAAUUGAUGCCAAGCCGCACUCCAGCCCACAAAGCGGCAUCUUGCAAGUCUUUGCUGCUUACGAAACCGGCUUGGCGAAUGGAACAAGCUUGAAGCUGCACGUAACCCCAAGAACGACAGCUAGGGAAGUGGUGGAUCUUGUGGUGAAGCAGCUCAAUAUGGCUGUGCUGCUGAAAGGGAAAGACGGUCCCAUUUACGGUGCCGAGAAGCUGAAGAACUUCUGCUUGGUGGCUGUUAUAGGGGCGCGAGAGAGGUGCCUGAGGGACGAUUUCAAGCCGCUGCAGCUGCAGAACCCUUGGAAGAAGGGCAGGCUGUACGUGAGGCAGAAAGGGGAGGUUUUGGCUGCUUUGGAGCAUAGCAGCCGACACAGCACUAUAAUCUGAGGUGUGGAAGGGUGUUGCCUACAAUUGACAACGAAAACUAUGGAAGAACAGGGUGCUUAAGUUGUAACUGGAUGGUCCAAUAGAUGGAUUUUGCUGACGAAAAACUUGCUCUCUCGUUAUACAGGGUGAGUCAGUUUUUAUAGCAGGACUUCAACAGCUUGAAGAGUAGAGAUUUUCAAGAUGGAAAGUUUAUGUGUGGGAGCUUCAAUUCUGAUAUAGAGGGAGUCAAAGUUUGGGAUGUUUUCAAUGUUCUUCUAGUUUUUUCCUACAACUUUCAAAAUAAUGAAUUUUGUAUAUGCGUAUUACACUG